AUGGAGCACCCUUCUACUAGAAAUAUCCUGUCAAGAAGUUCUGAUACCGGGCGUCUAGCCUUGACAGUGGUAUCCAUCUUUGUCCUUUUAAUGGCUGUUAUUGGUAUAGCUUGGUUUGUCAUGCAUCCGCACGACCCUAGUUUUGCAGUAACAUCACUUUCUGUCUCGAACUUCACUGUAUCGGAUUCACAGAUUACAUCCAUGUACGAGGUUAGACUAACCGUAACAAAUCAAAACAAGAAAAUCCAACUGAUUCUCGACGAUUUCAUCGUGGUAAUACUUUACAGUGAGGUCGUGCUCUCGAUGGCCGAGGUGCAACAGCCUUUACUUUUGGUGAAGAUGAGCAAUAAGAGUGUGAAUGUUGAGUUGGUAAUGAAGAAUUCAGUAAAGUUGGUGCAAGAGAAUCUAGUUAAGGAGUGGAAUAAAGGGGUGGUGAAUUUUGAUGUUAAGAUGGUUGUUAGAGUUAGAUUUGAAGCUGGAAUAUGGCCAAGUAAGGAAAAAAUAUUGUGUGUUUAUUGUGAGGAAUUGGAUGUGGAAUUCUAUUCUCCAAAAAAUACUGGAAAACUUACGGGAAUAGGGAAGAAUUGUCACAUAGUUGAUGCUAAACCAUAG